GUCACAAAGAAGAAUCUGUAUAUGUUCAGGUUAAAUUCUGCUGGAAUUUUCUCAGUAUUUCCUGGGUUGGUUGGCUGGAUACGUAGACGUGAAACCCUCACACAAGUUAGACCACUAGUUCUUGCAAAUUUUAGACCCUGCUCUGUUCUACCAGGCUUCCAAUAUCUGACUCUUUCUUUCUGCUUGCUCUAGGCUAUAGCAUCCUACUAGGGCGCUGUGCAAUCACAUGGCUGCCACAGCAACAGGACAAGGAUGUGACUGAUGAAUCACAAAACCCAACUAGCAUCUCCAAAGAAAGAUUUCUCCUAACGAUUCAAGGGACCUAGAGAUACUGCAACAAUAAAAAGAUGCAGCCACCAGACGAAAAAUGAAAGCCACCCAAGCACUGGAGGGCGCCCUUGCAGCCGCUUCUCUCCAGGUUCCAAGUUUCCCUUCACGAUGGCCUGUAACAGCACAUCCGUCGGGGCUUACGAGCAUCUGCUGCUGAAUGUGAGCAAUGCCUCGGACCCAGGGGCCACCCCACUGUCUGCACCGCUCAGGAUCUCUCUGGCAAUAAUGAUGCUGCUGAUGAUUGUGGUAGGAUUUCUCGGCAACACGGUGGUCUGCAUCAUCGUGUACCAGAGGCCGGCCAUGCGCUCAGCCAUCAACCUGCUGCUGGCCACCUUGGCCUUCUCCGACAUCAUGCUCUCCUUAUGCUGCAUGCCCUUCACCGCCAUCACCCUCAUCACUGUCCGCUGGCACUUCGGGGACCACUUUUGUAGGCUCUCAGCUACGCUCUAUUGGUUCUUUGUCCUAGAGGGCGUGGCCAUCCUGCUCAUCAUUAGUGUGGACCGGUUUCUCAUCAUCGUGCAGCGCCAGGAUAAGCUGAACCCUCGCAGGGCCAAGGUAAUCAUUGUGGCCUCCUGGGUGCUGUCAUUCUGCAUCUCUGCGCCCUCCUUCACCGGCUGGACGUUCAUGGAGGUGCCAGCCCGGGCCCCACAGUGCGUGCUGGGCUACACGGAGUUCCCAGCUGAACGCGCCUAUGUGGUGACCCUGGUGGUGGCAGUGUUCUUUGCGCCCUUCGGCGUCAUGCUGUGCUCCUAUCUGUGCAUCCUCAACACGGUGCGGAAGAACGCUGUGCGCGUGCACAACCAGUCCGACAGCCUGGACCUCAGGCAGCUGUCCAGGGCUGGCCUGAGACGGCUCCGGAGGCAGCAGCAGCAGGUCAGCCUGGACCUGAGCUUCAAAACCAAGGCCUUCACCACCAUCCUCAUCCUUUUCGUGGGCUUUUCGCUCUGCUGGCUGCCCCACUCGGUCUACAGCCUGCUGUCUGCGUUCAGCCGACGGUUCUAUUACAGCACCUCCUUUUACGCCACCAGCACGUGUGUGCUGUGGCUCAGUUACCUCAAGUCCGUCUUCAACCCCAUCGUCUACUGCUGGAGGAUUAAGAAAUUCCGCGAGGCCUGCGUAGAGUUGCUUCCCCAGACUUUCCAAAUCCUCCCCAAAGUGCCUGAGCGGAUCCAGAGGAGAGUGCAGCCGAGCACCGUCUAUGUGUGCAACGAAAACCAAUCCGCUGUCUAGGGAGCAGGUCGGGCCAGUGGACCACUCGGAAUGGUCCCGGCCCAGGCUCGGAGCC